GUGGACCUGAACAAGGGAGUUCAGAUAUGCAGGAGCUGUGCCCGUUGCUGUCUUGUAAGCAAGAGACAAGGCUUUGAAUUUGAUGGGGGCUGUGACCGGGAGCCAGUACUGACACACAGUUGAUUGUUGAUGUCACUUCUCCUCACAAGUAAUUUUGUAACUUUUAGCAACUUCCAACUUAAACCAUCUAGAGUGUCCUCAUUUGUGUGUGGUGUCCAGCAUCAGCAAUUUCUACAAAUUGUCUGUUAUUAAAUACUUUGGUAUUUUUCUCAAUAAAUAACUUAAAUAUAGUCAUCAGUAUUGCAUGGUUCAGCCAUGUAAACAGGAUACGUCACUGGCUCAUUUAGAAGAAAAUGUGCCAGCACAAUGUUAAUAUUUUGUGUUAUUGAGCAACAGCUUUUGUUUUCAGUUUCUUUCAUCAACUGUCAAAAAUAGCCUUUAAAUCACACACUACAAAACAGGAGAUUUUAGCUUUGCUCUGUGACCUUGUGACAUUAAAAUAUAAGAAGUCUGAUUGGCUCUUUGCUAGUGGGAGUGUGCAAAUAAAGGGAUGUGACAAAGGGUAGUAAAAUCAGGCUCAGAGCAAGUUAAACAAUUUACAUCCGUGUGUCACACACACAUAUUGAUUACUCUCUCAAAGCCAAACUGCUGCAGCAGUGUACUGGGCAGAGCAUAUGGAGACUAAUAGCAGAGAAACACUGCAGGCAGACUUUGAUGCAUUUGAUAUUUCUGAGGAGCUCGGAUUUCUUCUUGAAGAGCCACUAACUAACCUUCCAGACUAUUAUCGGGUGUGGAUGGACCUGGCAAAUAAUCUCACACAUCUGAUAGAGUCACAUAAACUACGGGAUCUGGUUCACAAGAUGCCGGUGUUGAGUCCUGAUCUCUUGAGCAGCCAUCGGGAGCUCAGGCUGGCUCACCUAGCGCUGGGAUUCAUCAGCAUGGGAUAUGUAUGGCAGGAAGGACAACAUGCACCUGCUAAGAUUCUUCCAAAAGCCCUGGCCUGGCCAUACUGGCUGGUUUCUCGUAGGCUCGGCCUUCCACCCAUCCUGACUUAUGCAGAUUCAGUUUUGGCCAACUGGAAAUUAAGGGAUCCCACUGGGGAUAUGGAAAUUGGGAACAUGGACUUGAUAUUUUCCUUCCCUGGCGGUGAGAGUUGCAGGGGAUUUUUCAUGGUGUCAUUGCUGGUCGAGAUGGCUGCCAGUUCAGGCAUAACGGGGGCUCUGGAGGUGAUGCACGCUAUGAAAAUCUCGGACCUCAUCGGCAUACAGGAAGGUCUUGUCAAAGUGAAUCAGUCUUUGAAGAAGAUGAAGGAAACUUUCAAGCUCAUGCACAAUCAUGUGAAUCCAACGGCAUUUCAUGGAACGUUGAGAAUUUUUGUCUCAGGGUGGCGAGACAACCCCAUGCUUCCAAAGGGGUUGUUGUAUGAAGGUGUGAGCAAUGAGCCAAUUUUGUUAUCAGGUGGAAGUGCAGCCCAGAGUUCAUCCAUUCAGUGCUUUGAUGCUUUGCUGUGCAUCCAGCAUGAGGACGAGACAGGCGCCUUCCUGACACGCAUGAGGGAUUACAUGCCUCCUGCCCACCGCCAGCUGAUAGAAACUCUGUCUGUCUGUCCAUCUCUGCGAGACUUCAUCCUGACCCACUCCAGCUCUGAUCUAUGCCAGUCUUACAAGUCCUGUGUGUCAGCGCUGGUGGAUUUACGGAGCUACCACCUCACUACUGUCACCAAGUACAUCAUUGUGCCCGGUAAUCACGCCCGCGCACAGGGCUGCCCGCUGAGAGGUGUGGGCACUGCGCUGAACAGCAAAGGGACCGGUGGAACAAGUCUCAUGGGCUUCCUCAAAAGUGUUCGUAACACUACUCAAAAAGCACUGAUUUUAGAGAGGCCAUCUGAGUCCAGAGAAACUGAAAGAUGAUUUAAGCAUGUACUUUAUAGUCACAAGAACCUGCACUGUGUUAUGCACCAGGCUUUUCAGGUUGUGCAAAGAAAUAAGUAUCAACAAAUUUCAUCCAUUUAACUAAUCAGACAAUUGAAUUUGUCAUUAUUCAGGUUUUAGUAAAUUUGCUGGGUCAGUAUACAGCUUACUGUAAACAUGUUAAUGGUGCUCUGUAGUAACCCUAACCCCCUGAGAUUAAUCUACAGUCAGGAGCAGUUUAACACUAAAUGAAAAUUAUGUUUUUGCUGAACUCCAGCGGUUUAACUUCUGGUUUUGCAACAGUGAUGUAGGGUGUAGUCUGUGACAUCACUGUUGGGUGUUGUCAGACAGUCAAACACUGUGCAUCCAAAUACACAUGCUGUCAUACUAUUUAGCAUGCCAGAAUAAUUUAGUUGGUCCCAAUACAUAGUAUUUCAAAUGCAGAAUGCAAUAAACCCCAGAAUGCCCCACUAAUGUAUGU